AUGGAUUCAAGCAAUAAGAAUAGUCCCAUGUUCCUGGUAUUUCCUCCAGAGGUCACCAGUCCAGAACAACAAACAACUCUUACAGCCUCAGCCUAUAAUGCCCAAAACCGAGUGCAGAAAGUCCUUAUUAGAAAACUGAAGGUCUUAGGGACAACCCAGAUCCUGUGUGGAAUCAUGAACUUUUCAUUUGGAGUUGUUUUCCUUUUCACCUUGGUAAACCCAUAUCCAAGGUUUCCUUUUAUAUUUAUCUCAGGAUAUCCAUUUUGGGGCUCUGCUUUGUUCAUUAACUCUGGAGCAUUUCUGAUUGCACUGAAAAGAAAAACUAUGGACUAUAUGAUAAAAAUGAGCCAGGUGAUGAAUUUACUUAGUGCCCUGGGAGCAACAGCUGGAAUCAUUCUCCUCAUAUUUGGUUUCCUUCUAGAUGGAGAAUUCAUCUGUGGCUAUUCUCCAGAUGCUAGUCAGUGUGGUGCUAUUACCACUCUGUUCAUUGGGAUUUUGGCUAUGCUGAUGAUCUUUAGCAUUACUGAGCUGUUCAUCUCCCUCUUUUCCUCAACUUUGUGGUACACCAGAGAAUAA